AUGACAGACCCCAUCAAGAAAUCAAUCCCGCCAUACACCGUGGCCGGAAAGACGGCCAUCAUCACAGGGGCAGGCUCAGGUAUCAACCCAGCGGAUCUCUCACCUUCGCAAAAAUCCUUAGUAAUUCAAUCAAAUCUAGGUAUCAACUUUUCCUUUGCCGAGUUGCUCAUUGAGCGUGGUUGCAAUGUCGUCAUUGCUGACCUCGCUCUUCGGCCGGAGGCGGAGCAGCUCGUCUCGAGCAACCAAGACAAGUCAAACGCCAGGCCACGCGCAGUCUUCGUCAAGACCGAUGUGACCUCAUGGCCGGCACUAACCAACAUGUUCAAGGUCGCCAUCGAGGAAUUUGGGAGUUUCGACAUCUUCUGUCCUGGAGCGGGUGUCUAUGAGCCGCACUGGUCCAACUUCUGGCACCCUCCUGGGUCGUCCGAGAGCAAGGACAGUGCAGACGGCGGAAAAUAUGCUCUGCUUGACAUCAAUAUCACCCAUCCCAUCCGUUCCACGCAGCUGGCAAUCUCAUACUGGCUUCAUCCUAAGGAGGCAACGAACGCCGCCCUGCCACCUUCUAUCAAAGCUUCGCCCGAGAACCCAAAGCGCAUAGUUCACAUCUCAUCAGUGGCUGGACAGGUUGCAAACAUCAACGCUCCUCUCUACGCAGCCUCCAAAUUCGCUAUCACCGGGUUUGUCCGCAGUCUUGCUCGCUUGGAAGAUACAGAUGGGGUCCGCGUCAACGCUGUUGCACCGGGUGUCGUACGGACACCGCUCUGGACCGAGCAUCCGGAGAAGCUGAUCAAUCUGGACGAAGCUCAGGACGGUUGGGUCACCCCAAGAGAAGUUGCUGAGGCUAUGCUACGAUGUGUCGAGGAGAAGGCCCUUGUCGGAGGAUCAAUUCUGGAAGUUGGCAAAGAUAAUACGCGCUUGGUCGAAGCUUUCAACGCGCCGGGCCCAGACCCUGACCCAAAGAGGGGCCUUGUUGCUAGACAUGGGUCAAAGGGAACAGACAUGGUCUUUUCCUGGUUGAGGGAUGCUUCCAAAUGGGCUGUUGGCAGAGAUUGA